ACGCUUUCAAAGUACAAUUCCCAACAGAAAGCUCCGUUUCGUCAUUAAGUAAAGUGAACGCUUUGGGAGAAGAAGUGUAAAUUUCAUCCGGAUUACUAAUUUGCAGAAAGCUCUAAACCACACCCUAUCGAACAACUAUGGCUCGUACUAAGCAGACCGCUCGUAAGUCCACUGGAGGCAAGGCUCCGCGUAAGCAGUUGGCCACCAAGGCCGCCCGUAAGAGCGCCCCGUCGACCGGUGGUGUCAAGAAGCCCCAUCGUUAUCGCCCAGGUACUGUGGCUCUGCGAGAAAUUCGUCGGUACCAGAAGUCCACUGAACUUCUCAUCCGCAAGUUGCCCUUCCAGCGGUUGGUGCGUGAAAUUGCACAGGAUUUCAAGACCGAUCUCCGUUUCCAAUCGGCUGCCAUCGGUGCUCUCCAGGAAGCCAGUGAGGCCUACCUAGUAGGUCUGUUCGAAGACACCAACUUGUGCGCGAUCCACGCUAAGCGUGUCACAAUUAUGCCUAAGGAUAUUCAGCUGGCCCGCCGUAUCCGAGGCGAACGUGCUUAAGCAGCAGGCAUCUUUUGCUACUACUACUAUAAUUACUAUAAUGAUCAACAUCUCCCCCCUCCUUUGAUAUAUGGUAAUGAUAAUUCUGUAUUUAAGGUUCAGAGCCACGAAAUCACAUCCAUUGCAUUAUUCAAACCAACAACGGACAAAUCUUUCACAUUUAAUUUAAAUUUCGAAGAAUCCGGAUGGAUGAGAACAGCAAUGUUUACAAAGAGUACAUUUUUUAAAGAUUAUUUUGCGUUUUUGUUUUAUUAUUUGUUUGAUCUUAACCUCGUAAAAAGAGAAAUUUAACGAAAUGAAACUGAUUAUAGAAUUAGUUCAUGCAUAAAUGUGAAAGUAAUAAAAUCUUAAAAGGAACAUCCACAUAGCAGCUGGUAAGCAGUUUCGAUACUCUGAUGAAUGCUCCACUAGACUAAAAAUGAAACUGGAGUGUUUGUGCUUACGAUGUGCUAUCUGAAUGUUCCUUUUGUAAAAAAAAAACUUAGGAGUAUAAGGUAGUGUUUAAGGUACUGUGUGAAGAAACAAAACGCAAUCAACGUUUUUUGGACUCUUCUGAUCAUUCGACUCAAACUCGUUUGAACCCGAAACUCGAAAGGCAUAAUUUUCGAAAAUCAGCUCAUGAACUGGAAAAUUUAAUUAUGUACAUCUUACUUCAUGAAAUGAAUGCAAAUACAAAAGAAAAUAACUGAAUAUGCAAUUUAUUUUUUAUUUAAAUAGAAGGUUACUAAAACCGAUGGGUGUGUACUCGUAGAAAUUAUCGUUUUUUUUUCUCCCAUACGCGUAUAAUCAAAAUAGUUUUUAUUUAACCAAAAUUAUGCAACAGUUGCAAUUAACACAAACCCACUUAUUCUACGGAGGAAAUUUGCAAUUUGUCUUGAAUGGAAGGUAUUACAGAAGUUCAAUAAAUCAAACAUCUAAA